AUGGCUACACUACCGACGGAUCUGGAUCCACUUGUUCGUGAACGCUGGUUGAGAUUACCGCCUUUUUAUGGGACGCUGUCUACCAAACAUACCUUCCUGCUCGUUAUUACUUGUCUGGCAUGCUCGUGUGUUUCUUUUGAGUGCAUGGUUAAAACAGGGAAGGGAGCAAAUGAGCGGUUUCAGACGGUGAGAGUGCUCACAGUAGCCUAUAUUUGGCGUUUGAUGCAGUUUAUAUUGGGGCAAGACAAGGUCCCUCCCCUCUAUUACCUACGAAAUGUUCUCCCAAUCUAUGACCUCCCCAUCACUGUAGUUUUUGCUGCUUUUUGCUACGUCCUUCCUGUAAUUGCGAAAUCCCCGGAAGCUAGUUUACUUCUGCAUGCUUGUUUUCUGCUCUGGAUUGUGUACGAGAAACUGAAACAAUAUAUCAGCCCCACCCCAGCCUCUUCUUCCAUCACCAAGUUGCUUCAUCAACAGAAUAAUGAUGCUGCUAAUAAUUCAAUAUCUUCUAACCCAUGGGAAACACUGCAUGCUUUUCAUAUUCCACUUAUCGACCAUUUCACCGUCAUCCUCCUGGCGGCGCUAUGUGUUGAUUUAGGGGUCCAGAUUGAAAGCCUGCACGGAACAGGGGCACUGGAAUGCUGGAGCCUGUUGCUUCUAAUAAAAAUUAUGUCCUGUCCCAUGCCGUCGCCCGUGGGGGUGAAAUUCGAGGGCCUUUCCGACCAACACCCACGGAAGGUUAUCCUAUCUUAUCACCUCCCAAUUACUGCAGCUAUCACUGCUUUUUACGGCAUCGUUCGCACAUUUCCCAAAGUCUUACUCCUUGCAUCAUCUAUGGAUUUAAUUUCUCUGGCUUUGGGGCAAUGCGAAACACAGGUUUUUACUGGGGCUGCAGAAGUUGGAGCUGUUUCUUCUUUAAACACUGGCUUGGUUCAUCAACACAAUUAUGCUGCUCCUCAUUUAGUCUCUUCUGCAUCGAAUUUUAUAUUUGAUGAUCCUAGCGGGGGUGGCGGGUCCUUAUCUUUUCAUGUUGCCUCUAGCAGAGAUCCUGCAGUCUCAUUCGUGGCUGCGCAACUGGGGGAUCGGCCUCUUCGUGAAUGCCCGUUGAGAUUAUUAAUGCCCUCUACUGCGGAGCUGGUUUCACAUUUUGGCUUAGUGAUAUGUUUUGCUCCAAUGGUCCUGGCUAAAACACCGAAGGAAGCACAUAAGUUGCUGGAACUGUUUCCCGAGCUCAUGGGUUUUGCAGCAGUGCAACUUUCAAAAUGUCUGCACGUAAGAUGGGCGAAACACGGGAGACCUCACGGCUAUUGCCCACGACAGGUUGAACGACUUUAUGGCAUGACAUUUACUGCAAUUAUUAUCUUGUCCAUCGUCUUACGUUGGCGUUCCGAAUCCUUAUUCGUUGCAUACGGUCUGGUUUUGCAUCUUCUUUUCCUCAUCAUCAGCACUCUCGACGUAUCUGUAUCCCUAACAGAGGGCGGGGAAGUGGAACAAAAUAUCAGCCGAACCCCAGCCUCUUCUGUGAAAACUGAGUUUCGUGAUCAACAGAAUUAUGAUGUUGCUGCCAGUGCCUGUGUGGCGCAGUGGCAUCAUAGCCGCCUGUUGGCGGCCUUUAACAGGGUUCGAUCCCUGCUCGCAAGGUCUACUUGCCUACUCCAAAAAGAAGAAGAAAAGAAUUAUGAUGUUGCUCAUUCAAUCUCUUCUGCAACCAACUUUGGCCAACGUGAAAGAGAGGAUCCUGCUGGGGCUGCAGAAGCUGGAUCUGUUUCUUCGAACAUUGAUCAACACAAUUAUGAUGAUCCUCAAUCAUUCUCUUCUCCCUCAAAUUUUAGAAAAAGGCCAAAACGGGAUCCUCCUACUGGGGCUGGUGGAUUCGCAUCUGUUCGUGCUGCGUCCUCCAUAGUCUUAAGUCCAAUACAGGAAGAAGAAGAUGAUGAUGAUGCUAAUUCAACAUCUAAUGCCGACAAUUUUAGCAGAUGGAAAAAGGGGAAAAUUAUUGGGGCUGGUGGAUUUGGGACUGUUUAUCUUGCCUAUAACAGGAAAACUGAAAAAUUAUGUGCAGUUAAGGAACUUAAAGACAUUUUCAAACCUGAAAAUGUAGCAUCGAUAAAGAAGGAAAUCGAAAUUCUCAGCAAACUGAAACAUUCCAAUAUUGUGAAGUAUUAUGACAAUGAAAUAGUUGGACACCGCAUUUGUCUAUACAUGGAAUACAUCCAACCAGGUUCAUUGAAGAAGUAUAUAUCAGAACAAGGGGUUUUAAAUGAACAUUUAAUUCAAAAUUUCACUGCACAAAUUCUGUCCGGGUUGAUUUACCUGCGUAGCAAAAGAGUAGUGCACAGGUAUGUUCCACAUGCCUGUAUGGAAUACGCUAGACAUUGUAACACACAUAUCUUGUAGGAUAAUUAAUUUUUUAACUUAUGUUUCAAAAUCACACUGAAAAUAGGGUUGUCAAAAUGAUAAGCAUAUGUUGGGAUUGUCUUCCUAAGUAAUUUAUUGCCCCCGGGACAAAAACACCACUGGCACACAUUUCUUCUAAUGCAAACAGAGGAGAAUUUGGGGGAGGUUCACAAAAACAUAGAGG